AUGAGGACGUUGGUGGUAGCGAGUUUAAUUUUGAGUGUGGCUGGUGUUGUUUAUGGGGGUGAUAUUGAGAAGUUGGCUAAAGGCUUUGAUGGUAGGUUUUUGGAAGUGUUGUUGAAUUGUUUUUUCUAUACCUUACUUUAUUUUAUUUUACCAUACCUUACACUCCUCUAGCUUUAUUAUAGUUUAUCCUACCCUAAGCUUCCAUUACCGAUGACGAAAAAAUAAGCUUUUAAAAUUUCCAGCUGCCCAACGAGAACUUAUCCCAAAGCUAACGGCCGGUUUGACCGGUGCCGAAGCAGCGCUUGUCCGAGUUUUGGCUGAUAAUAGAGUAAAGUCAGCUACAGCUCAAAUGCAACAGGCUUUGAACAACAAAACUGUCCAAAAAGUUUACAGAAAGCUAUUGAAGACUGCAUUGGAAAAGGUCAAUGCUGACGAGAAAUUGAUCGAUUAUUUGGUAGAGGUAAGAGAUCUUUAAGGGUAAGGUAGGAUAAGGUGGAGAAUGGUAGAAAGGAUGAGGUAGGGUAGGGUAGGGUAGGGUAUGAUGGGGAAGGGUAGGGUAGAAUAGGAUAGGAUAAGGUAGAAAAGGGUAAGGCAUAUGUUUUUAAAGUUACUCUGACUGAUUUAGGUAGUAAAACAACAAGAUGCUUUACAAGAACUUGGCCAACGUUCUCCAAGAGGCUUGAAGGCCUUCUCAGCCAUUGUGGAGAAAUUUGACAAAUUAAGUUUGGUCUUGAAACGAAAAAUUGCUUUUAUUGACCCUUCAGCUGGAAGACUAUUCAGAGGUAAAUUCUUGUUUGAUUGUUUAAAAAUGGCGCUAACUCGGUUAAACUUGAUAUAUUUUAUGGCUAUAUCUAGUUUUUGUAACUUGAAGCCAUUUUUAAUGUUAACUUUAAAAUUUUUUUAGAUAGACAACUGCGAGCCUUGGCCAAGACCUCGACAGCUGCUGGAAUACACAAAUCUAGCGAAUCAUCAUCAGAAUCUGUUGAAAAAUCCAAAAAGUCUUCGUCAAGUGAAGCCGUUGAAACUGCAGAAGAUGCUUCUGGAGUACCGGUAGCUUUGAAACAAGCUUCUAAAGUGCCAAAAGAAUUGGAGGCUGUACCAGAGGUACCAGAAGGUAAGAAAAUGUACUAAAAUUAAAAAUGUCAUUUAGUAGUACUGAAAGUUAUUAAAAUUAUACCAAGUGUACCAACAGUACCAAAAAAUAAAAAUGGUACUAAAAGCACAAGUUAUGCACUGAUACAGAUAUACGGUAUCAUACAUGUUGGAAAGCGUAAAAAUUCCAAAAAAAAUCAAAAAUGAAAGACCAACUUUCAGAAGCACAAGAAGCCUCUGAAGAUGCACCACACACCCCAACUGCUUCCCAAAUGGCACCAGAACAACCAAUAGAAGAGCUAGAACAUGCUCCACAUUUGGCCGCGUUUUCGGCCAAAAAGAAAGCCAAAAAACUGCCAACUCAUUCGAUCAACUUUGGAGUAAUCGAGAAAAAGACAAAGCGACCGGAAGGAGUACCAGUGCUCAACCCCGACAUUACUAUCGAAGACUUGAAGAAAUUGGCUGCUGAAAGCUUGGGCUUUAAGAAGUUUAGACGUUAUUAG